UGACUCAGCCGCCGAGGCCCUUCCUUAUAUAACGCAGCGGUGGCCCCGCGCUCCCGGCCAGCGCCUGCCGCCCGCCCCCUGCCUCAGUUUCCCCUGCCCGCGGCGCCCCCCAGCGCCGCCCCCCGCAGCCAUGUGGAUGGUGUCACCGCCCGUGGAUGAAGGAUCUCCCCAGCUUGCCUGGCUUUGGGACCACGGCAAAGGCAGGGUGCAAAGCCCACUAGUAGGACAUGACCCUUAAACUCUCUCUCUAAAGCUUAGCCCUAUAGGUAUUUUGCAGUCCACCAAGAAGCUGGUGCUGAGCGAGCGGGCGGCAGCCGGCCGGGGCCGGACGCUGGAGUUCCUGCGGAAGAAUGCGGCCAAUGGGCUCUCCAUGGCCAACCUGGUGGCCGGGCUCGCCUCCAUCCUCUGCAGCCUCAACAGGCAGUACUCCUACUCCUGCUGGCUGCUGCUGGUGGGCUUCCUGCUCGACCUGGCCGACGGAGCCGUCGCUCGCCGGCUCGACGCCUGCUCGGCGCUGGGUGCCAAGCUGGAUGACUUUGCCGACUUCACCACCUUCGGGCUGGGCACGGCGCUGCUGCUGCAGCCGCAGGGCGUCCUGGCCGGGCUGCUGGUCAUGGCCUACGUCAUGGCCGUGUUCGCGCGGCUCUGCUUCUUCUCCAGUGCAGGGAUCCCUUUCACCUACCGGGGGCUGCCCUGUCCCUACGCCUCCUCGCUGCUGGUGGGGACCUUCCUGCUGCUGGGGGGGGACAUCACCCUGCUGCGUGUCACUGCUGCCAUCAUGAUCCUCUUCAUGGUGGACCAGGGGCUCUACCCUCACGACAAGGUGCUGGAGUCCCAGCUCUGGAAGAAAGCAGUUUAUGCUGGAGGGGUGGUUGCUGUCCUCUUCUCGCCGGCAGCAGUGGCCUCGGUCUAUUUCCUGGCCUGGUCGAUAUCCUACAUUGUCUUCCCCUUUGCCAUCUGGAGCUGUGAAACCUAACCUGUGCCUUCACCUAAUGCCCAGUAAAGCCUUCCUC